AUGACUUCCACUGUUCAGUCCGAAACACCUUUCCUCGACAGCUUCAUCCAGGCAUCAUCCGGAUACCUUAUUCCCGUCGCUUGUUUGGCAGCCAACCUCGGUGCCUAUCUUAAUAAAGAUGAAACCAAGCCUUAUGAUAUUCUUGGUCUCAACGUCCUUGCCAACCUUUUCCUCCUCUAUACCUACUUCCGAGGCGAUCGAGCCGCUCCUCAUGGCGGGCGCAGCGAUGCCAAACGCGGUGGCGCUGUUUGUGAGAGAAUCCUGGCUGCCAGUGCGUCGUGCGUUGUAGUUGGAGAUUUUAUUAAGAGAGCGGCUAUACAAUUUAGCUCUGUUGUUAAACAUGCUUCCAACGUGCAGACUUGUUCUACUUUUACUGGAUAUGCUGGUCCAGACCGUGAAAUCUUGUACCGAUAUCGUUCAACUGGUAGGAAUUGCGACACAACCGCCGAACAGGAGACUAUCGCUGGCGCGAUCGAGCAUCACAUCAAGAAACACGGGUCGAAGCUUUGCGGUACGGAAUGUUUGGACCUAAGCCAUGGCGGAACUUGGAACGGGUACCUUGCCAUUGGGCCGGCUAAGUCAUUUGAUCACAAGGCGUACUUUGGACCAGAGCUGAAUUUUGGAAGCUGUGACUCCGGAGGCAAAGGCGACCUUCAUUAA